AUGCGAUCAUACUGGGUUUACUUAUUUACAAAAGCCGGUUUUAUUUUACCUAGCGCCUCAGCUCUCCUUCGUUUCUCAUGCUCCCAACUAGUUGUUGAGCGUCUUGACCCCCUAGUCAACCCAGGGGUUAUUGGGUCACCUCACCUCCACCAAGUCAUCGGUGGGAAUUCCUUCAAUGCUUCGAUGGACCCCAGGACUCUGGACAUUCCUGGCUCAGCUACUUGCACUACAUGCACAUUCCCAGAGGACUUCUCUAAUUAUUGGACCGCGGUGAUGUUCUUUCGUGCGCGCAAUGGGACGUAUAAACGCGUUGAGCAAAAAGGCAAUGUUUACUUUGAGGAGUCGAACGGUGGUAUGACAAUAUACUACAUCUCAAGUUACAACCACACCACCGUCACUGCGUUCAAGCCGGGUUUCCGCAUGAUCACCGGCGACCCCACGAUACGUACUAGAAAGGAGGCCGAAAGAUAUCGACAACUUACCUAUACUUGCCUUCAAGACCCUUUAACGCGAACAAAUGAGACUUUGGAUAUGCCAAAAGAGCCAUGCCCUGCUGGCAUCAUGGCCAACCUCCGGUUUCCAACAUGUUGGGAUGGCGUCAACCUAGAUUCUCCUAAUCACUCAAGCCAUGUCUCAUACCCCGAGAGCAGUACUUUCGAAGAAGGCGGCCCAUGUCCAGCGAGUCAUCCGGUGGUAAAUAUCCCACAACUCUUCUACGAGAUAGUGUGGGAUACAACGCCGUUUAACGAUAAGUCAGAGUGGCCAGAAGACGGCUCGCAGCCUUUUGUCUGGAGCUACGGCGAUGCUACAGGUUUCGGCAAUCAUGGAGACUACAUGUUUGGCUGGAAGGGUGACGCUUUGCAAAAGGUCAUGGACACCGGCUGUAAUGGAUUCAAAUGUCCCGAGCUUGGGUAUCAGGAAAUUAAAGAAGGAAACAAGUGCACAAAGAAAAGGGAUGUGGACGAUGACACUGAAAGCUGGCUCGUAGAGCUUCCUGGUGGAAUGCCAGUCACUGAUGCUAGUGGGAAACCGAUUUUCUAGGUUAAGUGUUAUCUGAAUAGGGGUUCGAUUAGGU